CGAUGGAGCCACAAUCUAAAAAUUAAAUUAAUUUACCACUUUGUAAAUACGUAAGACUAGGCAGUAUGGUCGUAAGACUAUAGCCUGUCCUCUAAGGACGAAGGAAAAAAAAAAUUACCACUUUGUUGUUUGUCAACGUCAAAUUGUGCAGGCCAGGCAUUACCUACAUCAAAACAUAAAAAAUACUAACUUUAAGUUUGUCAUUGUUACUUAUUCUAUUUAUUAGUUUCAAUAUUUUUUUUGAAACAUUAAAUUAAUACUAUCAUCUUUUUUAUUUGCGUUAUAAUUGAAAUCAUAAGCAUAAGAAUAGACCCCUAACGGUGACCUCGUGUGCUAUUAUGGUGAUUUAAAUUAUUGGCGAUUAAAAUUGAAUAUGUUGCCGUCAACGAAUUUGCGCAAGAAACCGAAGAGUCCUGGAAUAGACUUUGGUGUUAAUAUCAAGACUUCUAUAACUUGCACUGAUGUCCCAGAAGGGUUGUUUGAUCCAAAUACAGCCAAGAGGCAUUUCAGUAAGUUUGGUAAAGUGCAGAGAAUUAGACUUUACCUAAAGAGGCAAAUGUGCCUUGUGGAGUAUGAACACAUAAUGGCCGCAGAGAAAGCUGUGCUGAAUGCUGGAGCUUUUGAUGGCUUUAUGUUUGAUGUCACUCGCACAAAACCUAGAGUGAGACGUAAAAGCAAAAAAGAAGAUGAUCCCGACUGGGUGCCAGAUUCUGAUGUUGAAGAAGAAUUAUCAGCUAUGGGUGGAGUACCAACAUACAGAACAACACGGAAUAAAUCUAUGGAAGUAGAGUCAGAAAUAAGUAAACCAAAGACAACAAUAAAGUUGUCAAAGAAAUUGCCAAUUAAAAAGAAACAACCUGUGACAAUGAGAAUAAGGGAGCCACCACCAACCAAACCACAAAUCACAAGUGGUAUUGAAUCACCAAUACCUGUGACAAAUACACAGACCAGUAUGAGUUUAUUUGAGGCAGCAUCCGAGUUGCAUCAGCUUCGAUCUAGGAUUUCUUUGACACCUGAUGAACAAUGGCGAACUUUGGAUGCAAGGGACAGGAUACUCCGGGCAUGGGGUGGAGCUGGUGCGCGUGUAAAAGUUGGCGGUGCUACUAUAGGGACAUGCACAGAUAUGUGUCCUGAAAAAGAACGGUUACACAGACAAGCUGAGCAUCAAGUUAUGACAUUAGAGACGGAGCCCAGUUGCGAGGGUCAGCUGGAACCGCUACGCGCUGUGAAACAAUACAGCCGAAGCUCUGCAGAUCAGGAGAUACCAAUGUGUUACGAGCUAAGACCGGCGUCGGUGCUCAUGCGCACUUGUUCUUAUCUACUUCACGAGAUUGCUGAUACUACGCGACAGAUAUCAUUAGCAGACUGGUUUCAUUUCAUGUGGGAUCGGUUCCGUAGUAUCCGCAAAGAUAUCACACAACAAGCUCUCUGUUGUGCAGAAUCUAUCCGUCUGGUGGAGAUAUGCGCACGAUUUCACGCGCACUGCGCGGCUCGUCUGGCCGACCUUGAACAUACGCAAUUUGAUCAGAAAUUAAACACAGACAACCUCACCAAAUGUUUGCAAACAUUAAAGCACAUGUACUCUGAUGUGAGCUCUGAAGAGAAACCACAGGAAGCUGAAUUUAGAGGAUAUAUUGCUUUGCUAAAUCUCGGCGACUCUAACUUUUGGUGGGAAAUUAAACAAUUACCACUGGAUAUACAGAAGUCAGAACCUAUUACUUUCGCCAUACAAAUAUUUAACGCUCUAGAUAAUAAUAACUAUGUGAGAUUCUUUCGACUUAUCAAAGAAAAGGCCACUUAUCUUCAAGCAUGUAUAUUGUUGCGAUACUUUAAUGACGUCCGUGCACGUGCGUUAGCGAGAAUCGUGAAAGCUUAUGCGCCGAGAGGCGGCUCGCGAUUUCCCGCAGACGACUUGAUGAACGCUUUGGCUUUCGAAUCGCUUGACAGUAUGAAGUCUUUUAUUAGUCAUUACGGUCUUAGAUUUACAAGAACCGAUGAUACAGAUAUAUCUGUUAUACUCGAUAGAAACCAGUUUAUAGAAGAUAGUGAUCCAUAUCCACUGGCUAGAUCGAUCCAACUUAUUGAAUCCAAAAGAACGACUAAAGUUUGCGAUGUAAUAUCUGGUGGCCAAUUACCUCCAGCAGAUUAUGAAAACCAUGCCCUUUACACUAGUUUUGGAAAAGACGGAAAACUGAAAGAAAGUGCAUUAUUUGCGGAAGAACAAGGUUAUAGCACUACAAAUGACAGCAAUAAGGAUAUACAAAUAUUGAAAGGUGAAGUGAAGAAGUUGUCUCAAGGUGGUAAGAAUUUUUCUAAUACGGAAAAAUAUAUAGAAAGGGGAGUAAGCUUGUUCGGAAAACCCGAUAUAAAUCGUACAGUUCCAAAACCUGUAAAUACUUUUGUUACUCCUGUGACAAAUAGUAGUGUACCCAAAGCGUUUUCAUUCAAACCUGCUAUUACUGUAGCGCCAAUAGAUGUUAUAAAAAAUUCACCAGAAAAAAUAUUUGAUGCAAAUAAGAGUCAAUUUUCAUUCUCGAAACCUCAAGAUACUGUGAGUACUGAUAUUAUCUCUUGUAGAGAGGCACAAAGCGCAACUAAUGUUUCCACAGAAAAAAGACUAUUUGAAUCCAAAGCAGAUACAAAGAAUGUUUUUGGCAGAUUAGGUAGCAAAAAUGAAUUAUUCCCAAGUUCCAAUAACAUAUUUGCCAUCAAAAACACAGAUCAUAAUAUAUUUAAAAAACCAGAGAAGCCAGAUAACAUAUUUCGGCAUUCUAAUUUAAAACCUGCAGGAGAGACACCUAGUAGUAUAUUUGGUAAAGGUGGGAAUAACCAACAAGGUGAAGAUAUUACGAAUAAAAAUAUAUUUGGUGCUAAAAGUAAUUUCUCCGUUAAUAAAGAUAAUUUGUUUGCUAAACCAGACAAUAAUAUUGAAUUUGAUAAUGUUAAAGGUGGAAAUAUAUUUGCAAAGCAGACAAUGCAAGAAAUACAGCAACCAUCUAGUAUUUUUAAGUCUGUUACAAAAAUAGAAAAUAAUCCGUUUAUGAAACCAGCGACUUCAGAGCCUGGAUCAAUUCUUGCCUUGAAUGGAAAAGAUGGAAAUAGCAAAUUAUCGCCAGGAAGUUUGUUCAAAAAUGCAAGUACUAUGUUGCCGACCAAUGAACCUAAUAACCAGAAUUAUAAUAUCUUUCAAAGUAAAAAUAAAGCUCAGUCAGUUGCGGAUAAUAUAUUAAAUUCAGUUAGCACUGUCAAUAAUGAUAGAGUUUACGAUUUCGAUCAAAAUGAAGAAGAUAAUAAACAAGAAGAACUGCGAUGUCUCAAUGAAGAACGUAAAAGAGAGCAAGAAAGAAAAUUGCAACAAAAAAUAAAAGAAGAGGAAGAAAGAAAAUUAAAAAAACUUCAAUUACUUGAAGAAGAAAGGCGACUGGAAGAAGCCCGUAGAAAGGAAGAGGAAUUUAAGCAACUUGAAGAAAAACGUAAAAGGGAAGAAGCACGGAAACAAGAAGAGCUCAAAAAGAAAUUAGAAGAAGAAAUAGAAGCUGAAAUUAAACGAAAAGAGGAGGAAGCGAAAAGAUUUAGAAAAGUUGUAGAGAAAAACUCAAAUGAAUUUAUUAAUGAUUUAAUUCAAGAAGUGACAACUGAAGAAGUUGGCGAAAUCACAAAGAAUGAAAAGGAAAAAUUGGAACAAACCGUUAAAUAUGCGGGCCUUGUGACUGAAGAAAUACUGACUGAAUUGUGUGAUGAAAUAUGUAAUUCGGAAGUUAAGGCUGAGAAAUUAUGGUCCGACAAAACAAUGCGCAAAUGGUUUAAUGUAUGGAAGAAACAUUACUUAAGAAAUUACAAAAGACGUUGCCUAUUAGAUGAUACUCCAUUGUGGCUUUGUGAAAAAACACCGGUCGACGAAGCUACACAAUUACGGCGGUCUAUUGAAAACGCUACAUUAAAAAAUAUGAAUGCUGUGCACAGGGGUUAUAAAUUUGUUGGUGAGCUAAAACUUAUACCACCACCCGAGCCAUACAAUAUUAUGGAAUUAAUUCGAUCACCAUUGUUAAAACGUAUGAAACAAAUCAGUUACCCAUACGACAAAUGUUUCUUUUGGAAAGUUACUUUAGUAUCACCAGGGCAUAUGAAAUGGUUACAUAGAAAGAUUGAAAUCGAAAAAUGGUUGCAUCAUGCUUUUAAUGAUAAGGAAAAGCAUGAAUCACAAAGUUUAAUACAAGUUAAUAAAGUGUCCUGGAAUCAUCUAAUGGAUUUUGCUAUAUCAGUCAGCCUAACAUGUACAGAUAGACAAAAUAGUUGUCAGGAGGCCAUUGAAGGUACCAACGCGAUUCUUUUUUAUGCUUCUGAAAAUGAAGGAAACUUGUUUAAGAGAAUAGAAGAUAUAUUGAAAGAAAAAUAUCCUUACCAGCUGGUUCCUAUUGCUGUCAUAAUGGGUAUAUCUAAAGAUUUGUCGCUCUAUAAUAAUGUGCAUAAUCUAUUGACAAAUUAUGUGCGAAAUAAUGUAAUAUCUGCAUUUCAUAUAUUUACUAUAGAAUCUGAUAAUGUCAGUCAAGCAUUAAAUUCUUCCACAAAAAGUGCAUUGAAAUGGCUAGCGAAAAAAUGUCCUCAAAACCCACCACUAGAAAUAGAUUUACUUAAGUCUGUAUGCCAAAGGUAUCUUGGUAAUGAGAUAUGGUGCAAGUUAAAAGUAGAUAGAGAUAAUAGAAUGGUAAAUAUUCUUAAAGACUUGACAAAAUUGAUUAAAUGCUACAAUAUAGCAGUCGAAAAAUUAACCGAUAUAAUAACAAAUGAAAAUCAUUUUAAUUACCCUUCAUUCCCCCUUGAAUUUAAAAAGUAUUUAGAUACUACAUCACUUUACCCUAAACCAUAUGAGUUUAUACCAAGUAAUGUGAAGAAUUCAGAAAAUACUGAGGCAAUAAGAGAUUUCAUGAAACGGUUGUUACUACCUAUUCCAUCAAAUACAUUCUGUCCGAGUAGUGUUGUCAACAUGCAGCAACAAAUACGAGAAUAUUGCUAUCAAUUAGGUUGGUUCGAGAAUCUAGAUGAAGUGGUUUGCAAAGUAAUAACUGUGCUGCCAAACCAACUUGUAGAUGUAAGUUCUACUUGCGAAAAUUUCAUGAAAUUCUUUUCACAUUACGAUCUAAUAGAUAUACUAAAUGUCAUAGUAUAUGAAAAGAUUAACAGACUUGGCAACUUUGAUAAUAGAUUUGCAAUUUAUGAAAAAACAAUAUUGAAUGAAUAUUGUAAUGCCAAUUGGUUGUAUGAAAUAAAUAUUAUGAAUGAAAUAAAACACAAAGCUUUAGAAUAUGAAGAUGAUGUCGAUAGUUUUAUUGAAGCAAAACGUCGUAAAAUCGCAAUGGAUUCUUUAGAAUACCUCAUGCUUGAAGAUAAGGAUAGAACUUUAGCAGAAGAAAAAAUAAAGUCGACGGACGAAAGUAUAUGUCAAUAUAAUGAUUGCACAGAAGCUGUGAGACAGCUCGAGAUGCAACUUGAGGAAGGAAAAAAGAAAUCUAUAGAGUUUGAAAACUUCUUGAAAGCGGCUCUUUCUAAUUUCUAAUUUUGCAUGAAUUAAGAAAUGAAAUACAAUUGCGUGUAGUAAAAGAGA